UAUCAACAUUUCCACUGGGGUAAUUUUACAGGAUUAUCCACCCUCUGUUCUUCCUGCUGGUUCAUCUGGACUCUGUGGAGUUUGCUGCUAGCAAUGAAGCCUUCUGUGAGGGUUUAUUCAUGUUAUUACUGAAAUGGAGCCCUUCAUGUUUGGAUUAACUCUUUAUUCGCUUUGCAUCUGAAUUGCUUGGAGCAGUCCAUUUGUAAAAAGGAUUCUACCAUGCAUCUCUUCUCUGUUUGCAUAUUCAGCUUGAACUCUGAGUACGGUUUUGAUGUAUUCAGACUGCUUGCUUCCUCUGAAUGUUAGAGGAAGAAGUGAAAUAUAUAGAUGAGACUGUAAUUUUGCAUGGACAGGAAUGCCCAAGGAGAAGUACGAUCCGCCUGAUCCGCGGAGGAUGUACACAAUUAUGUCCUCGGAGGAAGCAGCCAAUGGGAAGAAAUCGCACUGGGCGGAGUUGGAAAUAAGUGGGAAAGUGAGAAGCUUAAGUUCGUCAUUGUGGACGCUGACCCACUUGACAGCUUUGCAUCUCAGUGACAAUUCCUUGUCCCGUAUUCCUUCAGACAUUGCCAAGCUUCACAAUCUGGUAUAUCUGGACCUUUCCUCUAAUAAAAUCCGCAGUUUACCAGCAGAGCUCGGAAACAUGGUGUCACUCAGGGAACUACAUUUAAAUAACAACCUGUUACGAGUUUUACCUUUUGAGCUGGGAAAACUGUUCCAGUUGCAGACUUUGGGGCUGAAAGGAAAUCCACUUACGCAGGAUAUUCUGAACCUCUAUCAGGAACCGGAUGGCACGCGAAGGCUACUGAACUAUUUGCUUGAUAAUUUGGCAGGUACUGCAAAAAGAAUUUCAACAGAACAACCACCUCCAAGGUCUUGGAUUAUGUUGCAAGAACCAGACCGAACAAGACCAACAGCCUUGUUCUCUGUCAUGUGUUACAACGUACUUUGUGAUAAAUAUGCUACCCGGCAGCUGUAUGGCUAUUGUCCAUCUUGGGCACUGAACUGGGAAUACAGAAAAAAAGCCAUUAUGCAGGAAAUCCUGAGCUGCAAUGCUGACAUCAUAAGCCUUCAGGAGGUUGAAACCGAACAGUACUACAGUUUUUUCCUGGUAGAACUGAAAGAACGUGGCUAUAAUGGAUUCUUCAGUCCAAAAUCUAGAGCUAGGACAAUGUCGGAACAGGAAAGGAAACAUGUUGAUGGUUGUGCAAUAUUUUUCAAAACAGAAAAAUUUACUUUGGUUCAAAAACAUACUGUUGAGUUCAAUCAACUAGCUAUGGCAAACUCAGAAGGUUCAGAAGCUAUGCUCAACAGAGUUAUGACAAAAGAUAACAUUGGAGUUGCUGUUUUACUAGAACUGCGGAAGGAAUUGAUAGAAAUGUCAUCUGGAAAGCCACAUCUUGGGAUGGAAAAGCAGCUAGUUCUUGUAGCUAAUGCACAUAUGCAUUGGGACCCAGAUUAUUCUGAUGUGAAGCUGGUUCAGACUAUGAUGUUCCUGUCUGAGGUCAAGAACAUUAUUGAUAAAGCUUCUCGUAGUCUCAAACCUGGUGUUUCGGGAGAACUUGGGAGCAUUCCACUUGUACUGUGUGCAGAUCUCAAUUCUCUGCCAGACUCUGGUGUUGUUGAGUACUUGAGCACUGGCGGAGUGGAAACAAACCACAAAGAUUUUAAGGAACUGAGAUACAAUGAAAGUCUUACCAACUUCAGCUGUAAUGGAAAAAAUGGAACAACAAAUGGGAGAAUUACACAUGGCUUCAAGUUGAAGAGUGCCUAUGAGAAUGGCCUAAUGCCUUAUACCAAUUAUACAUUUGACUUCAAGGGUAUUAUAGACUACAUCUUCUACUCUAAACCUCAGCUAAACAUACUUGGUAUUCUUGGACCUUUGGAUCAUCAUUGGUUAAUAGAGAACAAUAUAAGUGGUUGUCCACAUCCACUCAUCCCUUCUGACCACUUCUCACUUUUUGCACAACUGGAGCUUUUGCUGCCUUUCCUGCCUCCUGUAAAUGGAAUCCAUCUCCCUGGCAGGAGGUAGUCAAGUACAUUUUGGAGGGCAACCUCAAUCUAACUUGUACAAUUGUAAAAUCUGAAUAUAGAGGAGUGAGGUAUGGCCAACAGGGAUUCUUUUCUUAAUGAUCUUAAUCUUAAAUCUAAUUAUUUGCUAAAGACAUAGUAAAAGCCAGGUGCUAUCAACAGACACAAUUCUGAGCCCAAUAUAUUUGUAUACUGAUAGACAGUGAUUGGUGCAUUUGCGCCUUUCUUUAAUAUGUUACAAUUAAACUUCCUGUUCCUUCUAUCCAACGUGACAUUUUCAUGCCUUGAAAUACGGAAUUGUUAUAUACAGUAUAUUCUCUUUGCACAGUUAUCUGUAGCACUACUUUUUUGAGGCCAGUAGGAACAUCCGGAGAACAUUCUUCCGUACUUCACUCCCUCCUUUUUCAGACUUGUUUGUAAAAUAUAGAAUUUGAAUUUAGCCUUUAUUGAUUGUAUAUGAACAACAGAAAAACUGAUUUAUGAGAUUUUGUACUUAAAAAAAAAAAAUCAGAUUUGGAAAAUGAUUGUAUUGUAAACUAAGGCUAAAUUUUUAUCUGUUUUCAUGUGUUAUAAAGGCCAGCUUAUAAAAGAGGUUGUCACAGGUUUUCUCUGCUAACGAUUUGCACUGUUAGGGUUUUGUUAGCCCUUUUGUACUACUUCUUAUGUUCAACUGAGAACAUCGCUUUUUAAAUCCAAAUCGGUUACAAUCCUAGUAAGCAAUCUUACAAAGGUAACUAAAUACAUCCUAUCUUUUUCCAGUUAAAGUCAAGCAUAGGGUUCUCGCAGAGCAGAUAAGCUAAGCAGUGAAUAUAAGUAGACCUGCAUGGAUUGAAAGUUAUUGCUGAUGUUUAUACACUCAGAUACUAUUUUCAUCUCUAAUUUUGGACGUAAAAUUAGGGAUACUUGUGUAUAGCUUCUUCAUUUCUGUUUUAAAUACUUGUCCUAUCUCCGCUGUGCCUGCUUAAAUUUGUUCUCAACUAGCACUGCCUGUGCAUGCAGAGAGAUCCUGUGCAUCCUCUUUUAUUUUUUUAAAUAAUGUUAACACUUGUGAAAAUUUUAUGAAGAUACUUUUGUAUAAGCUGUGGCAUCCUUUUUUCCUUUGUGAAGCAUUGAAUAUCACACUUUUUGAACAUGUUCAGGUUUGGGGUACACAGUUUCUAGCUUCUAAUACCCACGCACUGCUUCUUUCGGUGUCAUUGCACAGUGCUGUUUUUCCCACUAAGAAUUACUAUCAUGUGAAUUCUCUUUAGUUUAAGUGUGUUCCUCAGUUUCAGAAAGUAUCAUUCCUUGAAGAAAAAAACAACCCUGCAUUUUUCUAUUGAUGAAGCAGUGUAAAAUAAAUGCAUUUUUCAAUACAGGUCCCACAGACAAUUCUUCAGAUCAUUUUUAAAGUGACCAAGUCUUAUUUUUAAAGUGUCAAGCAAGAAAGUUAUAGUGUACCCUCAGUGCCAUUUGUGUCAUGAAGCCAAGUACUUAACAGCUUACAAAUGUAACUUGUGUAUUCCUAUCCAAAGGGGAGAAUUGGUCUCCUGAAACUAAUGCAAUUUCAAUAAUCAAUGUAAAGAAUUGAGAUAGAGCUUGGUCUUAAAACAGCUUUUGUUUCGGCUGCAGGCAGAGAAGCAAAAGGACACUGAGCAUUAAGAAAAACUUUCUAAAUAUUGUGAAAUUUUUUUAUAUAUAAGAGAAUGGAUUGGUAAUAAUGAUUCAAAAUUUUAUGAAAAAGUAGUCGGCACGUAAAUGUGCUCAAGCUGGUCUGUUUUAAGCUAAAAAUAAAACUGACAAACAGAUCGGAUAUGUAAGAUAUAUAUUUUAAUUUUCAACAGGAGAAAUCUUGAUCUUGAAUCCUUGUCUGGGACCUGAUUUCUUGGGGUUAUUUUGUUUUGGUUUUAGUUGUGAAAACACCAAACAUGUCCAGUUUAUAAUCAGUACAUUGAAAUGCUGGUAGUAUUGCUGUAGUAGACUUAAUGCGUAGUGUUAUUUUUUUUGUUUGUUUUUUCUUUUGUUUUUUGUAAAGUGUGAAUAAAAGGUGUUUUACUCAUGUUUCCUUAAUGAUGUCUUGGUAAUGUACAUCAUGACAAUUUCCAGUGAUGAUGAGCCAAUCUAGCUUGUCAAACUGUGCAAACUAUUUUUCUUUUCCGAUUAUCUGGAUUGUGUAAGGAGUCCAGAAAGCUUUACAGAAGGGGAAGGGAAGCACUUACUCAUUUUGUAUUUCUUAGAGGGGGAUAAUUUACUUUAAUAGAUGCUGGAGCUUGAGUGCACUUGUUAGAUUCUAAAGGUUUGAGCUUUAUCCAAUAUCUUCUCCUGUAUUUCUUAGUCUUAAAUAUAUUUGAAUUUAUGACAGCAUAUUAAAAUAUGGCCCGUUUGUGCUUUGGGAGACACAACUGUUCUUGUUUAGUUAGGUUACAGUCUAAGGGUCCAUUUUAAAUUACUGUUUCCUCCGGCUUUAAUAUGAGGCUGUUGGGUCCUGACUAGAAACCCACUGAGUGCAUUGAAAACACUCCUUUGACUUCACUGGGUUUGAACUAGACUGGAGCCAGGACUCUGGGGCUGAAGGAAGGAGAAAUACUUCAAAUAUAGGGAAAGACGAGAUCUGCCAAAACAGAGCUGAGAUAAAACUUUGUCAAAUACUCUCUGAAAGAUUCUUGUGUCAAACAAGUCUAACUCAAAAGUCUCCAUUUCCAGCUAUAAUAUAGAAUAAGGCAAUAAACCAUGUCUUCACAAAAUCGAAGUGUUUGCUUUAUAGAGUCUUUAACAUAAAAGGAUUAUUUUUCCAUAUUUUUAUUUGAGGUGGUUUGGGGUGUUGCCAUAAUGUACCUUCAGUGUUCUUGUUAUAAAAGCACAUACAGCAAAAGUCACAGAAAAUCAGUGAGGUUGGAAGGUUUUAGUUAGGUUAGACCAGGCUAUUUUCCACUUCAAGUGCAGUCGGUCAUCUCUUGUUUGGCUUUAUUUACAUUAACAAGAAAUUCUGGAUAUCAAAAUGUAAAUUGAAAUAUACCGUCAAGUAAAAGAAUUGAUUAGAGUACAAAUGUUAAUACACAAGUUGCUACUUUUAACAUAACACAAGUAGGGGGGAAAAAUACAAGGCAGUGUGUUUUGUAAUUAUUUUGUCUUUUUAGCAGCUUCAAAAAAGGUCAAUCUGGCAAGUGUUUUGACAGAACUGACUUAGCUUGGAAUAUUGUCCCUAUGAACCUUUGAUAAAACUUUAGGCAAAUCUCAAGUUUUAGUGUGCUGAUUUAGAAAAUAGCUUCUGGUUUGCUUUUCAGCCACACAAUAAAACCUAUACUAAAGGCAAAAUAAUUACAACAUUAUUGUCAGAAACUAAUUACACCGUAAAACUUAAAAUUUCAGUUAACUGCUUAAGUAGCAAGCCUUUUUCAUCCAGCCGGACACAGUAUUUUCUUUCUUUUUUUUUUUUUUUUUUAGUGUGUAACUGCUAUUCUUUUGGUUGCAUAAAUUUGUAACACUUAAGUGUCUUGGUAUGUUUAAGUAGUGUCUAAAAUAGAAUAUCUUAGUCUUUAUUCACAGUACUUCUGUAUAAUGUGUAAUGCACUGGACUAACUCUUGUU